GGAGGCUGAAAAAGAGGCCAGGCGGCGGGAAAAGGGGAUGAUUCAUCCCCGGGAGCCCGAAUCGGAAACAUUGCAAUCUGGGAACAGCCUUGCCUGGGCCGACGAGAGAUCCAGGAGGAGAGUCCGUCCCGCGAGGACCUGCGUCCGUUCCAGCGCUGGCUGAGGAAGUCUGCAAGGAGUGGGCGAGCAAGGCGAAGCCGGAGUCAGAGACACCCCCGCCGGCCUGCGCUGCGAGCGCCCGGACGACUGCGCGAUGACGGCCGGGAGCUCCGGAGACGGCGGCGCGCGCAGGAGCCCCGAGGGCCGCGUCUCGCGCCUGGGCCGCCGCCUGGGCCGGCGCCGGCGGCCGCGUUCCCCGCCAGAGCCGCUGCGGGUGCGGGCGCGGCUGCGGCUGCGCUCGCCGUCGGGGGCGUUCGCGGCACUGGGCGCGCUCGUGGUGCUGGUGGGCAUGGGCAUCGCCGUGGCAGGCUACUGGCCGGGCCGCGCCUCCCACGCCCACGGCCCGAGAACCGGCCGCUCUCACGGGCCCCACGAGCGCCUGCGGCUGCUGGGGCCAGUGAUCAUGGGCGUCGGCCUGUUCGUGUUCAUCUGUGCCAACACGCUGCUCUACGAGAACCGAGACCUAGAAACGCGGCGACUCCGCCGGGGCGUGCUGAGGGCGCAGGCGCUGCGGCCACCCGACGGCCCGGGCUGGGAUGCGCUGCUGCCCAGUCCCACGCAUGGGUCCCCGGGCGCCGUCGCGGAGCCGGAGACUUGGGACCUGGCCCCGAGGCGGGGCCCCUCGCCCGUCCCGUCAGUGCGCAGCCUGCGGUCUGAACCUGCCAACCCUCGCUCGGGUCUGCCUGCACUGCUCCACAGCUACCCGUUGAAGGGGCCAGGGCUGCCACCACCCUGGGGUCCUCGGACUCAGACUGGCCAUGUGAUCAUCACAGUGCAACCCUCUGGUUCCUGCAUCGAACAUUCCAAGUCUUUGGACCUGGGCCUGGGGGAGCUCUUACUGGGGGCCCCUGCAGCUCGGGACUGUGCCCACCGAAGCUGGCCACGGCUGGACCGAGUCAGUUUGGGAGGCUAUGCCAAAUUAGGAGGGGACUUGGGGGCCCGGGUCUGAGGUGCAAGGGAUAACUUGCUAGGAGGCUACCAAGAAUGGACCAUGGGACUGGGACACCACAAGUCCAGUGUCCAAUGGCCGCUCCAGUCACCUCCGAUGCUAGGCUGGAUGCUGUGGUGGUAGCAGUCGCUAAGGCUCCUCACCUGCAUGUGUAGAGCAAUGCCAGCUGCAUCGGGCGAGCCCCAGGGACAUGGGUUAAUGUGGACACCAGCAUGAUUUAGCCUCAGGAAUUUCAUCAGCCCAUGUGGCCUUAGCCCAGGACCAGUACCUGAGGGGCUGCAGGCUAGGCCAAGAGCAUCCAGAGAUGCACCAGGUAUCUUGGCAAACACAACAGUGGUAGGCUGGGAUGUCCCAAACUGGGACAGGCUCCCUCCAGGAUGGCAGUGGUGAUGGAGGUGGGCCCACUGGGGGAAGGUGGGCCAUGAGGUAGGAGGUGACAGCACCUCCAACUGCCACCACCUCAAGUCCGCUCUUCAGCCACGCGGGCUCUGUCCCCGCAGGGCUAACUACUGCCAAUGCCCCCACCCUGGGGUGGGACUGCUUCCCGGGGAAGACAGGUCUCACUUUAGUUUGCCCUGUGCCGCAAAGCCUCCCCAAGUUGGCAGUAGGCACCCGGCAGUUCCUUUCCUCAGCCCAGAACUGCACUCUGGCCAUUGUGGGCAGCUUACUGUACACAGCGG